AUUUUAAAUGACCCUAAAAAUACUUCUAUUUCAAAUCCUAAUAUACGUCACCAUGUUAAAAAUAACUAUUCAUCUCAAAAGAUCAGUGGAAUUGUAACAUUAAUGCAUAAAAAGAAAUCGUCAAAUAAUUGGAAACCUCUACUUUAUAAACAAGUAUCAGAUAAAUAUCAUGCCAUAAAACCUAUUAUUAGCAAGUUUUUUAUACAACGGCUUCAGAUUGAUCUUAUAGAUAUGCGAACUAGAAGAGAUGGUAAAUUUAAAUGGAUAGCACAUGCCAGAGAUCAUUUCUCACAUUUUUCCUGGGGCCACAUUCUUACUGAUAAAUAUGCAGCAAAGGUGGCUGUAUUCUUGUUUGACAUUUUUACUGUAUUUGAACUACUGAUCUUUCUUCAAAGUGAUAAUGGGUGUGAAUUCACUGCAGAUAUUAUUAACAAUCUCUCAAAGCUCUGGCCAAAUCUUAAAAUAAUCCAUGGAAAGCCGAGAAGGCUGCAAACCCAAGGUUCUGUAGAGAGGGCAAAUUUU